AUGGCAAUGUACUCAACUCGUGGCAUUAGUGGACUAUCAUUCAUGCUAUUGCUUUUGACUCUACUAUCCAGCAUCGGCCCAUCGCAAGCAUUCGGCAAUCUGGAUCUGCUCCCAAGAAGCUCAGAUUCCUGCCCAGCUUCAUACGCAAGUUGUAGCGAUACAAGGCUUCCGGAUGAUUUCUGCUGUCCUUCAGAUACAACAUGUAUUAGCCUCGACAACGCCAGCACCAUCAUGUGCUGUCCCGCCGGGCAAAACUGUGACAACGUAGCACCGAUUUUAUGUGAUAUACAGCAGCAGAAUGUCACCUCCCACCCAAAGAGUGUCAUCAAAACAACGCGGCUAAGUGACAGCCUCGCCAAAUGUGGCGAUGGAUGCUGCCCAUUUGGUUAUAUUUGCACAACAGAAAACGUUUGUGCUCUGGACAAAUCGGCCGUUACAACAGCAACAGCCUCUGUAUCCAGCUCCUCUACAACUACGUCGUCCUCUACAACUACGUCAUCCUCAACAACGACAGUGACCACAACGCCAACAACCCCCCAGGUAACAAUCACAUCUGGGCCCUCUCAGUUAUCUGAAAAGUCCACCAACUCCAUAGCAACAAUUCUAACAGUCUCCCAGGCAACAAUCACACCCGUAUCCUCUCCAUCAGGCAAAGAAUCUACAGACUCCGCAGCCACAGAGCCGUCAAGUACACAUUAUGAAUUUCCAGCAAAAGCCAUAGCCGUAGGCUUCUUCCCAGGCGCCAUAUUUGGUGCCCUCGCCGCCCUUUUAGUACUCCUCUGCGCUCGACGCCGCGCCCACAAAAGCGAAUCCCAAGCCCAAGAACCCACGACGAUACCUCCCAUCGCUCCGACUUGUUCCAAAUGCUCCCAUGAACUAAACGCGCUUCCCUCCAAAGCCCUCUAUGAGCUAAACGCGCUUCCCUCCGAAUCCCUCCAUGAGCUAAACGGGAUUCCCUCCAAAGCCCUCCACGAGCUAAACGCUCUUCCAUCGGUGGACGUUCCGCUGAUCCACCGCUCUAGCGGCCGAACGAGAAGUCUGCUCUCUGGUUAUCCACGCCCAGAUUCAAGACAGGACGAAGAUGUCCCGCCUGUGACUAUGUCUGCUUCGUUGACGAGUGUUAUUGUGAGACCGGUUACAACUUCGACGGAUUUGAUGCAUGUCAGGCCCUCGCAGGAUGGGAGGCCACCUUAUAAGACUCAUGAAAAUUCGAGGCAGAACCCGUUCAGGGAUCCUGACCCUUGGUAG